UAUUGAAUUGACUCCCGGAUUCUGAAAAUUCUCCAUCAUUUGAAACCGACGAAGACCUCCUCACUUUUGACGGAAGUCCAAUCUCAAUGUUCACCGACGUUACUGUACCGUUAGUUGACUGCGUUAAAAAUAAUUCGUCAUUUGGACUUCAGCUUGACAAGGUUCAACUCAUGGCAAAUGAAGAUUCUAUUGGAUCUAUUCCUAAGAAAAGGCGAAUCGACGAAAAUCUGAAGAAUGACUUACGAAUCUUGAACAAAUCUGAAAUUAAUAGUACCUCAAAUACUCUUUCAGGAAUCCGUCGUAUCUCAAAACAAGCGGAUAGCGAGUCAGAGAAAGAUACGUUACAAUCUCAUGACAAUUUCCUAAACCGUUCUAAACAACGUCACCGACAAUCCAAUGAAAAUAUGUUCCAAACCAAUGGCUCCUGUGGCAGCAGCGAAAGCGAUCUGGUCAAUGACGAUUCAGAUUUAGACACGCGUGCACCGUCAUCCUCAUCAUCUUCGGAAUAUUCAGAUUGGUCAAACGAAACAGAAGUGAACUUGGAACCACCACGAUUUACUAGAGCAAGCAUAUCUAAACCAAGACUUCGCAGGAACUCAGAUAAGAAGCCCAUUCGAGCGUGUGAUGUAUUGUUUUCUCUCACUCCACGCAGACUGCCUUUUUAUCCUCAAAUAGGCGAUGAAGUCGUGUAUUUUAGACAAGGUCAUGAACUCUAUUUGGACAUCGUCAAACAAAAGAAACUUUACAAAUUCAAUCCUCGCUCUCUUCCUUGGUACAGCGAGACCAUAGGUGAACAAGAAUUCGUUAAAAUUAUUGGUAUUAAGUAUGAGAUCAAACCUCAAAUGACGUAUUUUUUGAAGCUUGGUUGCAUGGAUCCAGCUACAAGAACGUUAACAGGGAAAUCCUUCAUCGUGAAAUAUCACGAUAUUGAAGAAGUGUUGGAUUUUUUUGUACUUCAACAGGAUUAUGAUUUGGCUAUCCAGCGUACUUGGCAACCGGGCGACUGCUUUAGAAGUGUCGUAAGGAAUGUCCAUGGUAUCCAAGUUUGGUGGGAAGGAUUAAUCGAGGAACGCGAACCUCUAAGUAACCAAUAUCCCGAUUCCCCGUUCCUUUGUUACCGCAUCAGGUGGAAAAAUAAUAAACUUGACCGCGCUAGUCCAUGGGACUUGGAAAAACCCUGAUCCAAAUAGAAGACCUACUAACCAUGAGGCAGGUGUUGGAACGCUACCACCAAGAGCAAAGAGAUAUCCAACUUAUUGUACAAACCGUUGGCGGAAGAAUGGUCCCCAAUAGGGGAUAGAGACACAGAGUGUGACCGAAUUUCUGCGGGUUUCAACAAGGUCAUGGAUAUGUACGUGGCGAAACAUUUUUUGGUGCCCGUGAAUCUCGAACUGUACCCUACCUACGCUUCCGUUGUCAAGUAUCCAAUGGAUCUGUCUACAAUCAAAGCAAGACUGGAAAGCCGUUUCUAUCGACGAGUGUCUGCGGUUCAGUAUGAUGUACGCCGUAUAUACAUCAACGCAUUUAAAUUCAAUCUACCAACGUCCGACAUUGUUCGAAAUUCAUCAGUCGUUUCGGAUUUGUGUCUUGAGAUUAUCCGAAACAAGGAUUCUAAUGACGUCAAAGCCCUGUACCAACAGGUUUUGGAAAAAUACAGAAUCCGAGAUGAAAAAGAAGAAAAAGCUGCAGAGCAAAUCAGAAACGCUGAAAAGGAUAAAACGUUGGACGAUCCAAAACCAAAAAAAAGUAAACGUACUACUUUAGCCACGACUUCUGAUCCAUGCUGGAAACAGCAGUGUAAGGGUCUAUUGGAAAUCUUGAAACAGUCCGAAGAUGCAGUUCUGUUCAGCGAGCUAGCCAAAGUUCAAGACGAACCAGAUUAUCUUCAGGUGAUGGACUACCCGAUGGAUUUGGAGACAGUGCACGAAGAACUUAGGCUUAACAGCUACGCAACGCCGAUAGAUUUCGCAAGAGAUAUCCGUGUUAUUUUUGAAAAUUCCAAAAGCUAUUUUACCAAUAAAAAAUCGCGCAACUGGUGCAUGACCGCUCGAUUGUCGGCCGUGUUUGAAGAACACAUUAGCAAAAUUCUUACUUCCUUUAAGCAGCCGGGCGAGUCACCUAACCAAUCCGUGGGCUCGAAAUCAAAAGAAGACAACUCGAAAGAGCAUAAAUCAUUUACACCAAUGGCUUCAACCAAUGAAACUGUUCAAGAAGUUGGAGAUACUAUAGAAAACAACAAUAUUAUAUCUCGUCACACCAAUAAAGAACAGGCUGUCGUCGAGGCGAGCUCUUCUACUCAGCUGGCAGAUGCAGAUGAACAAAUAUCCGUCUGCAUUGCGUCAGUCAUUAACGGCGCAGAUGGCGUCAGCAGCGAACGCAAUACAGAAAUUCCUGACACGAGUUUUGAAAGAGGGUAA